UGACCAUUAGUCGCCAAUUGACUGACAUGACUCAUGCAUGACAGAAGUCAGUGCAUGAAGUCACACAGAGCUUGCGCUUGCUAGUUGUUACACCUGGUAAUUUGUGUGUAGCUGCACCCUGUGACAACCUUAAGCUCCACAAACACUGAUAAGGCCCAUAAAUAAAAUAAGAAGAAUUAGCUUGCUUCACAUAGCAAUCUAUCUUUUUAAGGAAAAAUGGCUCCUGUGAAAGCUUGGUCUACAAAGGAAGAGGUGCUAAAAGACAUUAGAAGAGCUUCGGGCAGAAUUGGGAAAAAUGAGGGAAUAGAUUCCUGUCUCGUUGUGGGCGAUGUCCCGCCGCCUGUUUUGCAGGAAGAUGCUGAUGAACAAAUUCAAAUGAUGUUUGGACAUGGAGUUCAGAGAAACGCGAUUCAAACAGAGCAGCAGGCGCCAGAUCUCAUCGGCUUACGGAAAAUUAUAAAGAUGGUUAAUAGCAAUAAUUCUAAUACAGAUACAAGUUAUUUAGGAGAAGAUGCUGGCGAUGCUUCUGAUUACUUUUAUGCUAUUACAAAACAAAGCAGUUUAAACCCAGAAGUGGAAGCAUUCAUACCAAAAGCUAAUAGUUCAUCAAACUGUCACAAGGAACCGGAAAAUAAAAAUAAUAUUGAAGAAUAUGCUACAAAUUUAAAGCUUAAAAUUAGCGACGCCGCGAAAUCGAAUUCGUAUGAUUUGAAAAGAGAAAAAAAUGUAGCCAUAGCAACGCUGUUGAAAUUGUAUGCUAACAACGACACACCGGUAAAACUAUGCACUCCGGAAUAUUUUGAAAAUAAGUUGGAAAAACCUAGUACUUCAAAUUCUUCGUGCUGUAAUAGCAGUACCCCAUUAAUGUUGCCACAAGACACAGAAAUGAAAAAGUCUAUAGAGAAGGUGAAUAACUGGUUAGAGCCCACUAAAAGAAAAACACAGGCGGUUUCUUUAGAACCAAUAUUCUUUAAGCGAAAAACUGUCCAAACAGUGAAGUCCCCCGCAAACAGCGAGGGUUCAAAGCCUUCCCAAAAUGCGCGGAAAUUUAUACCCUCCGAACAUGCCGCAGAGUUAGCAAAAAAAUAUGAACAAAAUAACAAAAAUCAUGAGACAGACACGGAAGCUGUCACUUGGGCAAAUCUCCAAGAAAAAUUAAGAGAAAAAGACUCGCUUAUAAAAAGCCGUUCAGAGGGAAAAAAUUUAGAGAGUAGUUCUUCCAUCCAGUAAAACCGUUUUUUUUACCCGUUUCAGCGAUUUACAAGAGUGGUAACAGAAUGACUAGAUUUCAAAUUGACCACGCAACUGGAAAAUGGGAGGUUUUCUUUUUGACAACUAACAAAUUAAACCUUAGACAGUGAUAGAUGGCGUUGUACCUACUACGCGACCGGGUCUUUGCUAAAAUGACAAGGUUAACACGUAGCUUAAAGAAAGUCAAAAUUCUGGACAAAUUGUUUUCAAAAUCUCGGGAUAUUCGGAGAAUAAUCUGACUGACUUCUUUUCUCCUUCUCUUCUAUUUUCAUUCCCUAUUUUAUAUAUUUUUUAAAAUUAUUGAUGACGAGUAUGUUUCGUUAUACGAUCUCAAAAUUAUAUGACUUUGAUUUGAUAAGAUGUGAGGCUCCGUCACUUCCAGUAACGAACUAAAAUCAGCGCCAUCUAGGCAUCAGCUAGGAAAAGAUGAAAAAGAAAAUCCCUCAUUCGAAAAAUGUCUUAAUUGCGUGCCAGAUUACCAUGAGCAAUAAGUGACGCAGGUAAAUCGACCCAUUGGAAUUUAAUUUCAUGAAAUCUGGUAGUUGUGAAAUUUUUCACAGCUCAAAACCAUCAGGAGGCAAAAAGACUUAGAACGUUCUCAUAAUUUCCAUCAAAGACAUUGUAAGUAAAAUACUUUAAAGUUAUCGGCACGGGUAUUGAGCCCUGACCUUCACCUGCGCAGAAGCGAUUUAUUGGUUUAUUGCCUUAUGUGUACAGUGCGCAAAGCGAUCCCCACUCUUCCGCCGAGAGCUCAAUAUCCGUGCCGAUAACUACAUCUAGAACGCUGGACGCUUAGUAUAUAGUUUAAAAUAUAAACAUUGUAAAACAAAUUGAGCUCUUAAGUAUAAAUAUAAUUAUCGAAAAAUCGUCAGGAGGCAUUAAAACUUAGAUCUUUUCAUAAAUUCCGUCAAAAAUAUUAACGUCCAUAAGUGUAAUGUCAACUCAAGCAUUACAAAAAUACUUUUGAAGCCAAAAGGGAGUUUGUUGAAGUUCUUUUUUGUAGCACCCUAUUUUUUAAAAUUUGCAUAUUUAUUAUAUUUACGUCUUUUCGAUAGUGCUAUUAUAUUAUUGUUGACUUAAUCUAGGAGCUCCACUUCUUGUAUAAAAUUUUAAAAACUUAUAUUAUAUUUGAUGGUAAUUAUGAAAAUGUUCUAAGUCUUUUUGCCUUCUGAAAAUUUUGAGCUGUGAAAAGUGUCACAAAACUACCAGAUUUCAUAGAAACUAAAUUCCAAUGGGUCGAUUCACCUACGCCACUUAUUUCUCAUGGUAAUCUGGGCCGCAGCCCAGGGGCGAGUUUCCCCCUAACUCGUUGUGACAUGGUCAAUUUCAGAUUUAGUCAAUCUGAUACCAACCCUGCUGGGGACACAAGGCGUGUUUCUACACGCCUGUUGUCAGUGUGAUUGUAACGAAUUUUGUUCAUAUCCUUUCUGACAUAACUCGAAACCCGUCAUAGUAGCAUCCUUCUUUUUUACUUUUUUUUAAAUGAGAAUGAUGACGUAUAUUGGGUGUGUCGUAUCUAAUCACAUUAUAUCCUAUCAUAUAUACUAUGAUAUUCUAUGGCGAAUUGUAAAAAAUAAUAACCUAAUCCAUUCAGUGGUUUAGCCACAGGAGUCAUUUUUCGUUUUCAUAAUUUACAACAUCAUGUGUAAAGUAGAGAUAAAGUUAAGAGUAUUGAAUGUUUUGACCAGUUGACAGCUGUCAGUUUCAAGGGAGAAUUUUGGUUGCUUGUAAUGACCGACUUUUAUAUGGUGUUCUAAUUCUAGCACAUUUUUAUUCCAUUUACUUUGUUUGAAAAAUUCAUUUUUAAAUUUUUACGUUUUUUCUUUGCACAAAGAAAAAACCAGUGUAUUAAUGUAUUUAAUUUAAUAUGAUUAGGUACGACACAUCCGAUAUAUACGGGAUAUUUUUUUAAACAGUGAUAAAAAAGUGUGGUUAAGAAUGUGUGUAACAGAACUUGCCUUGUCAAUGACUCUUUUUUUUGUACUAUAAUAUCAAAGUAUACGUAUCUUUAAAUCUUGUUUAACUAUAAGUAGAUAAAGGUGACGCACUAUACCCUAUUUACCGAGCCGUGAGCCAAAUGGUAAACAAAGAUCAACACUUUCAAGAUGGCGGGUAUAACCCGACAGAUGACAAAACGUUACAUUUUUAUGUAAAAUGUUCGCAGUAUCUGUGCUCUACAAUUUAGUAGCGUUCCAUAUUUGACAAUUAAGUCUUUUAGGUGCUUUUACAUGUAAAAUUAAGAAAAUAUUUUACGGUAUUUAUUAUAUUUGAUUUCAAAUAAUUCUAAAAGGAUUACACAGAUUUAACAGACAUCGUUCUAAAAUGUCAUUUCUAAUGUUGUCAGUGUAACACUUCCGUGGUUAUUAUAAAAUAUGCUUAUAAUGAACUCUUUUUAUGGUUUGUUUACCUUUUGGCUCAUGCCUCCGCGAAUAGGGUAUAGUAAAAAAAUAUUCCAGUAUAUGCUAUACUGGCGGGAUUUUCAAAAUAGAAUGUAAAAUGCUGAAGCAUUGCUCUAGAAGUUGGGUUUUUUGCCACGCAUUUUUAGAACGGUGUAUCAACAUGAAUAGUAUAAUUUAUUUUACUCUACAGAUUUUUAGAACCAUAAGAUUAUAUUAUUGAAAUGUGGAAGUGGAAAACUUUUAUGAAUUUUUAAUAAACCCUCUUUUGCAAAAAAAGGGCACCUUUGCGAAAUGUUGAUAUAAGAACUUAAUGUGUGUUUCAAAAGGUUUUGAUGACUGGAAAAUAUUACUUGCUGAAAAUAUGAAUUGCAUAAUCAGUUUUAAUAACUGAUUGAUAGACCUUUUUGCUACAUCAAAACAUUUUAGAAAAAUUGUCAGCUGUACUAAAUGGUUUAGUAUAAAUGUAAAUGUAUGUAAAUGGUGAAGUGAUUUUCUAAAAUCACACCGAAAACUCCUUAAAACGCUGAAGGACUUUCUACCGAGAACUAGUUCAGAACAAUGUUUAACCAGUUUAGUAGCGAUUCUCCAAAAUUCAGAAUAUACUCUUAUGCAUGCUUGGCUAACCGUUUUGAUGCUAGUAACAUACUCCAGUCAUUAAAACCUUUUGAAACAUAUACAAAAUCGUUUAAAAGAAAAAGAAUUCGCCUUUUUUGCAAAAGAGUUUAUAUAUAAAAAAAAUUAUUUUUAAUGUAGAUGUCGGUUUUAGUGUGAUAAAGACUGAACUAAAUUAAGAUUGUGUUCAUAUUUAUAAUGUCUUAAGACUGUGAAGGCAAAAAGGAUCAAGGGUAUUUUGAAACACAAUUUUGAUUGUAAUGUUCUUGUCGAUUUAGAUGAAUUUAAGCAGUUCCAUAUCUUAAGUAGUGUUUUGAGACGACCCCGUCGUUUAGAGGCUAUAAAGUUUUUUAAACUUUCGCGACUUGUAAGCAACAACCCUACAAAUUAAAGAAAAGGUGAAGAUUGUCACGUAUAAGGAAGUUCAGGAGUUGGCGCUAGAUAGGUGUCGGGCUGCCGGCGUCGCGCCAGCAGCGCCGACACUCGCGCGCCGGCGCCGCGCGGCCGAGGACGCGGGGACUUCCCCAAGUCCGUCGCCCCUACAGAUUACAACGACGUAGGAGGCUCUUUUCGCCACUUAUGUGUUAUAGGUACAAUUCUGUAUAGUUACCAACCCUGGCAUAAGGAAGCUAUAACAUUGUGCAAUAUUACAAGAGAUGUUGAGCAAUUAAAAUUGUUAUCUUCAAUAUUAAUUUUACUCAGUAAAUUUUGCAGAGUAAAGUAAGUAAUAUUGCGCAAUUUAAUUAACCGUCCAGGGAGCGUCGAGAAUUAUAUAAGUUCUAUUACCUAUAACGUACCUAUCCAUAAGUUAGAGUUAAGGUAGCACAUAUCCAAGAAAAUGUUUAGCUGUCUUUUGUAAUUUUGACGUUCAAUAAGUACCGAAUUUUCAGCCUACUUUGAAUAAAUGAAUGAUUUUUUUAAAA